AUGACUCUUUCGAACCGCGCGCUCGAGGCUGAGGAGGGCAGCAAGGGAAUGGUCAUCUGGGAUGUCAUCACCAACCUGUGGGAUCAGUCCAACCCCGACGGUAUCGUUAGUCUCGGCGUUGCGGAGAAUACCUUGAUGCACAAUGUCCUCAAGAAGCACAUACACGAUAACAUCGCCCUGUCCAAUCUGGCAUUCACCUAUGGAGACGGCACGACGGGGACAAAGAGGGCCAAGCAGGCUGUCGCGCGGUUCUUGACGAGGCAGUUGAAGCCGUUCCGGGCUAUCGAGCCGGCGCAUAUUUCCAUGACGAAUGGAUGCAGUGCUGCUAUCGAGCAUCUUUCCUGGGCGAUUGCGGAUCCCGGAGAUGCCAUUCUUCUCGGACAGCCAUACUACGGCACUUUUAUCCCCGAUCUUACUUGCCGCUUUGGAGCCAAGCUUCUCUCCGUUCCCUUCAACGAGGUUGACCCUCUCGGAGACGACGCCGUGGCCAAGUACGAAGAAGUCAUUGUCGACGCUCAGAAGAAGGGACUCAAAGUUAAAGGUCUCGUCAUCAGCCACCCUCAUAACCCAUUGGGCCGCUGCUACUCUCGCAAUGUCCUUAUCGGGCUCAUGAAGUUGUGCCAAAAGUAUCAGGUUCACUUCAUCAGCGAUGAGAUUUACGCCUUGUCUACAUGGCCCAAUACUGUCGACACGAACCCUCCUCCUGUGCCUUUCGAGUCGGCUCUCACUAUCGACACUACCGGGGUUAUUGACCCGAGUCUCGUGCAUGUUCUCUGGGGCAUGUCCAAGGACUUUGGUGCCAACGGCAUCCGCGUCGGAGCACUUAUUUCUCAGGCAAAUCCAUCCUUGCACACUGCCCUCGUGGCCGUUGGUCUCUACAGUUCGGUUUCUUCCAUCUCAGACCACGUCACGAUCAAUCUCCUUGAAGACGACGCUUUUGUCGAGUCGUACAUGGCCGAGAACCGCAAGAAGCUAGCAGCUCAAUACGAAAGGGCUGUCUCAUGGGCUAAAAAGAACGACAUUACCUACGCUCCAGGCGUCAACGCCGCAUUUUUCCUUUGGGUCGACCUCGGCAAGGCAUAUAGAGCCCGACACACGGUGGACGACGGCAAGGAUAUCACAGGGUUGGUCAUGAAGAAGCUGCUGGAAAAGAAGGUCUUUUUGGCAUCUGGAGAGGCAUUUGGAUCUGAGAAGCCCGGUUGGUUUAGGAUCGUCUUUUCACACCCUGAUGAGUAUCUCGACAUGGGACUGGAGAGAGUGGUUGAAGCAUUGCAAUAG